UCUCUCUCUCUCUCUUGGUGUGUCAGGUGUCUCUCUCUGGGCUCCCGGCAUCGGCGGCGGCGCGGCGGCGGGCGGGCAUUGGGAGGGAGCUCACGGCCCCGGCGGCGGCCUGAGGAGCGGGGCGGGAGCAAGGGAGGGAGCUCUCAGGCGGCCAUGCCGCGAUCCGGGGCGUGAUCCCGCCCGGGAUUGCUGGCCCGGGAGGGCCGCGGCGAUGAACGGGGCGAGCGCCGGCGCCGGCUCCGGCGGCGAGGGGCCGCUGGUGUACCAGGCCUGGAAAGGGAACAAUGUAUUUUUCCUCCAGGGGAGGUUUAUAUUUGGACCUGAUGCGAGAUCCUUGUUUGUCACCAUGCUCCUCAUUAUCGCUCCAGUAAUAGUCUUCUGUGUGUUCGUUGCAAAAGAAUUGAUGAAUAGCUUCUCUUAUGGCCUGGGGUUACCGGUGAUGGUUGUGGCAGUUGUAUUCACGGCAUAUGAUUUGAGUCUUCUAUUUCUCACUUCUGGGAGGGAUCCAGGAAUCAUACCUCGAAAUGCACAUCCUCCAGAACCUGAAGGUUUUGAAGGCAAUGCUGAAGUUGGAGCUAACCAGACUCCACCAUUGCGUUUGCCCCGAGUGAAGGAUGUCGUUGUGAAUGGAAUCACUGUGAAGACAAAGUACUGUGACACCUGUAUGUUGUACCGGCCUCCUCGAUGCUCCCAUUGCUCUAUCUGCAACAACUGUGUCGAGCGAUUUGACCAUCACUGCCCAUGGGUUGGGCAGUGCAUAGGACUUCGGAAUUACAGGUUCUUUUAUAUGUUUGUCUUCUCAACGACUCUUCUCUGCCUCUAUGUCUUUGGAUUCUCCUGGGUGUACAUUAUUAAGAUCAGAGAUGCGGAGCAGAUAACAAUAUGGAAGGCAAUGGCAAAGACCCCUGCGUCUAUCGCUCUGGUUGUCUAUACAUUUAUCGCGGUUUGGUUUGUUGGUGGCCUCUCAGUGUUUCACUUGUAUCUCAUGAGCACUAACCAGACAACCUAUGAGAACUUCAGGUAUCGCUAUGACCAACGGGCCAACCCAUACAACAGGGGAGUCGUGGAGAACAUCAAGGAGAUCUUCUUCACGCCGAUCCCUGCUUCCAGGAACAACUUCGGCGCCAGAGUUCCACAGGAGCAGGGCCUGAGGCCUCGCUCGACGAACGGUUUCAUGAGCCCAAACAUGGGGAGAGCUGUCGGCGACAUCGAGAUGGGCAGAAAGCCAGUGGCAUGGGAUGAGCCCAGGAUGGCAGCAGAGAUAGGCGACCUGGGCGGGUUGGGCAACUUGCUGGAGGAUAAGGAUGGCAGGUUCCGCAAUGCGUCCCCUGAUCUAAGCCGCGAUGCCCUCGUGGUCGGAGGCUUGGAUGAGCAAGGCUCCUCAGUGAUGAACCCACCUCGGACGAGCUGGGGAGUCGAAGCGGGCAGAUGAUGGUAAGGUGAUUGGUCAAUUUGGCCAUGUAAGCAUCUAUAGUGGAGGACUAAGGGAUGUAUGUUAGUGCCAGCUUGUUCGUAGUUUGGUGUCGUGGUUGAGACUUGAGGUCGCUGAUGUUGUUAUUAGGCCUAUGACCUGUUGUUGUUUUGCUUUGCACUUCAUGUAUCAGUGAUUUUUAAGCAGAUUGUUGGUGUGUGAGGUCUCCAGUUUAGUGGAAUCUUGAUUGUGUCUGUAUAUACGUAGUUUGGAGUGGUGAACCCGGAAAUGGAUUGGUUUGCUUUGGCUUCCGUUGUCAAAGAUUGUGAA